AUGCUGAGGUUGCCUGUCAAGGGGGGGGGGCAUAGCUGGGGGUAGAUGGAGACGCGAACACCCAUCCAGGGGAUUCCUGGAACUUGUGCUGGCUGUGUGGAGGCUGCCCCAGGUGGGAGUCCAUGAUGCUUGUGUCUAAGAGGCAGUGCUUUCUGUAUAUGGUGGUGGUUUGUGUCAUGGAAGUGUUCUGCUAUAAAUGUGGAUGGUCGUCACACUCUGCAUUGCGCUGCCGUGAUUGUUGGAGUGGCCAACAGUGUUGCCAUCAGUGCUGGGGGUACACCUGAUCGUUUACCAUGUUAUUUCCACUUUACAGUGGUAUUGUUUUUCUGACAUCUUUGUUGCGAGGAGUGCAGAGGAUCCCAACAAGAGUGUGCUGGCGUUACACUAAGAUAAGCAGCUGUCAAUGUCUGCAGCAGCAAAGGAUAUCUCUGCCCAUGUAUUAGGCACUUCAGCAAAAAUUUCAAAAGCAUUUAGGCUCUCACUAGAGUAAAUAAGAAAACAGCUGGAUAGGACAAAAGUUGUUGCCUCUCCCAUGAAUCAUCAUGCAAUACAAAAGUCAGGGGGGUGUUCCCUUAUCAACUUCUAGGAGACAUCAAAGAGACAAGAAAGGCCUAGAUGUGGUUUGGUUUGUAAUAAGAGUGAGUAGAAGCAAACAAAGGAAGCUCAUUUCAUAUUUGCACUUUGGAGGUCAGAAGUAAAUAAAGAGGAGGAGAACCCCGAAGGAGCAAAGAGGGUGGGAAGGAUUGCAGUCUGGGCUUCCAAAAUAAAUAAAUCAGGCUGCCAGGAAAGCAGCCAGUACUGGGCUGGGAGGAAAAUGCAGGCAGCAGAAGUCUGAAGAAACAUUCAAGUUUUAAGGUGGGAAACCGAAAACAAAGGUCUACCAAGUAAGAGACAGAAUUUGAACAAAAAAUGAAUAGGAAGCAAAACUGUAUUUUGCUUUUUGCUCAAAAGGUCCAUGUUUACAGUGUUUGUCUCUGAAUGCAUAUCAUGUUUGGGUACAUUUUGCAUGAGAACUGCUUCUGCUCCCUGCUCUGCUCUGUGCAGGCAGGCGUCAGGUAUCUUGCAUCUCAGCAGUGGGUGGAAGCUCUCUGAGGUUUUCUGGUGUCAGCCCAAGAGGCUUUUCAGUGGUGGGCGCAGGUGACGUCUGGGGACACAGCACAGGAAGAGAACCCUUCUCUGACGCAGCAUCUGAGCUGAGGACUCCAGAGACAUGGCUCUCCCCGCCAUGCAGCAGAACCCGCACUGCAUUUAUCCCCAGGUCUUCUGGACAAGCAGCAGUGGAGUUUCCAACUCUGAGUGUGCCCCUUCAGGACUGUGUCCCAUCAGGUUUGCGCCCCACCAGGACAUCCGCCCUGCUCUGCCUGUGCCAGAGACCAAAAGGAAAAAGCAGAGCAAAAAGGAUGGCACACGCCUGUGUUUCCUGGUGGUUUCUCUGCUGACCCUUCUGGCCCUCACUGGGGUUGGGCUUGCAAUGUUUCAGAUCUUCCGUCUGCAGCAGGAACUAGAUGCUCUGAGAGAGCUUUCCUGCUCUGGGCAGGUGCCUCAAUCUCCUGAGAUGCUCAAAGGAUUUCUGAAUGGAACAGCGGAAAAGGAAGUCAAGAGGAGAGCACACUUGACAGGCAAAGCAAACCAGCGAUCGCUCCCACUGGAAUGGGAGAGUACCUAUGGACAUGCCUUCAUUUCUGGUGUUCAGUAUGAAAACAGGGGUUUGGUGAUCGAUGAAGCUGGCCUCUACUUUGUGUACUCCAAAGUGUUCUUCCGGGGUGGGGCCUGCACCCCCCAGCCUCUUGAUCAUGUGGUUUUCAAAAGAAACCCAUCGUAUCCUGAUAUCCAGGUGCUGAUGGAGGACCGAAAGAUGAGCUACUGUGUGGCCAGGCACAUGUGGGGCAGAAGCAGCUAUUUGGGUGCUUUGUUCAACCUUUCCAGGCAGGACAGCCUGUAUGUGAGUGUCUCAGAAGUCACACUGGUGAAUCCUGAGGAGUCAAAAACCUUCUUUGGCUUAUAUAUGCUUUAGGGGUGGGUGGAAGAUUAGCAUUCAUCAUACAGGCUAUGUGAAAAUUCUGAGCAACAUGAAAAUGAUCUGGGACAGCUGAUGGACUGCAAACGUUGCUUCUCUAGAAAGCCCAUCAGACUCCAUGACUUCACUUUUUACACUGAGAAGUUCAAAAAAGGCCUGAAGUGGAUCUUCACAGAUUUAAACUGAGGGUCGACUUUUCCUGCUGGAUUCCUUCAGAGACAAACAGCCUUGAACCACACAUGACUUGCCAAAGAGUGCCAGGAAAUCCUCCAUUUGGGGAAAAGCAGGGAUUUUGCGGCAUAAAAACCUGUCCCUAUUGACCAAAUGUAACAGCCAAAUUUGGAUCCAUAUUUGAAGAGAUGUUCUUUGGUUGUGUGGCAGCUGAGGUGUGAAGGGAGCAGAAAUGUUUUCUGUUAGUUCCUAGUGUGUGACCGCCUAGCUGCUAGUCUGGUUCCAUCCAGCGUUUAUGUCCUGUGCUGCAGCUUCCCAGUGAAGGCCUAUUGGGUUGCUGUCAUUCAUCAGUCACACUUUUAAAACUCCCCCAGUGCCAGAAAUGUAAGCUACUCUUUUUCAGCCUACCUCUUUGGCUCUAGAGGUAGCCAACUCUCAACGAAAAAACAAAACCCACUUUCCCACUUCUCUCUGUGCUCGGAGGCAGGUGAAGAGGCAGCUCCUUGAGCCCCACAAAGCACUGUGGAUCACUGGCACCAUCCUCAGCAUCCCUGAUUCCCAGCGCCGCCUGAGCAGUUCCGACAGUCUUGUGAAUGUGAUGUAAGAUGAAGCACUUUCAGAUGAGCGUGGUCAUGAAACUUCAAAUGAAACUAAUUCCUAUGCAUUUUCCUCAACUCUGUGGGAAAAUUUAGAAUGAUUUUUGUUUGG